AUGAGAUUACAUGCCUUGGGCCUGGAUGAGUAUGAUGCGGUCGUUUUCUAUGACCAGGAUGUGGAGUUUCAAGGUGAUAUGACACCCGUGCUGCACUGUGCUGCGCGAGGGUACUUCAUCAGUGCAAGCGGCGGGGUGGGAGAACCCUUCAAUGUGGGAUUCUUUGCCUUGAGGCCCAGCAAGAAGUUGCUCCGUGCAGCUGAAAUUUUCGGUGCAAACGUAAAUUUUUCGAUUGAGACAGGCUGGGGUGACUGUGGGUUCCUGCCUUCCGGAAGCAAGUUUGUUGGUGCUGAAUGUGGGCAAGGUUUCUUCCACACGCUCUUCUACAAGGACUGCAAAGCAGUAAAGAGGGCUCUUGUGGCACGUUUGCCUUUGCAGUCUGUCAUGGCUGAUCGAUGCAUUUGGAACUACCAAAAUGAUGGUGAUUGUGGCAAUCAUUUAUUCAACUGCAGCGUCAUCCGAGUGCACCAUAAGCCUACCCACAAGCCUGAGAAUGACAGGUUGUGCGGCAAGCUGAAGUAUCAUCGCGGAGGGUGGACUGGAGAACCACAGCCUCCUUUCCCACCGCCACCACCGCUGAAAGUGCGGAAAGGGAAGGAGGCCUGUGUGCCGAGUUGUGUGGAGCUUGGGAACAAUUGCAUUUGCAAUGCGCCUAUGCCUCCACCACACCACAUUAAGAAUGUGACUGUGGACGGGCGCCCCGUUCACUGCCAGGAGCAGGUGAGAAGCCCGAGCAAUGAUUUCUUUGCGGUGAAAAUCACUGGAGCAUCGCAAAUCACCAUUCGGCGCCUAGAUGCUGAGUCUUGCUGGUGCGAUGACGUCACCAUUGAAUGUUGCAUGGCGUGA